AUGGCGUCGCCAGCACAGUCGCUGACCAGCCUGUAUGGCUCUUACAAAGAGUCCACAAAGUACGCACUGAGCUGGAUCUGGAUAAGCUGCGCCUCCCACGCAUCGGACGCCGCCUUCGCGUCCUUCAAAACGACAGAGGACAUCAUCCAUGCUGCGCGAAGUAUUCGCCGCCAGGGAACGGAAGUCCCACAAUCGGUUGUCUCGGCAUUGAUCGAUGCGAUCAAGAAACGGACCCAAGUCCUCGACAUCUAUCGAGACCUGGGAGCAUCGGCCGAGAUCGAGCAAGACGCCGUCGCUGACUUCAAGCAUGAAAUAUUUAUCAAAAGACUGGUUGACGUACUACAGGUCUUGCUGCCACUGCGUGCGAAACAACCCGCUGGUGCCCAAGGUCAAGAGGAAGCGUGGCCGACAGCCACGCUCAACCGUUUCGCGGCUCUCAACCAUCUGGAUGACGCCACCGCGGUUGAUGUGGGUGUUGAACAGCAACCUACUGCGGCAUCAUCCACUCCUGUCAACGCCGGUAAGCCUGCUGAGAAGGACAACCCAUACGAAAAGCCGGCUUCUUCUAGUGAGCUCCUGCUUAAACAUAGCGACUUGGGGGAAUGGAUCGAGUUGACCUACUUUGUCUAUGAAUGGGACUCAAUCUGUGCAUACAUCAAUGAGGUCUGGGUUGACGUAGCAGAAGGCCGUGUCCCCAUUCUAAUGGCAGUAUGGCUGUCGAACCUCGCACUCCAAAGGUCCGGCGUGCUCUUUGACUGCAAGCUUGACGGAACGGGCAUCGAUGAGCUCAUUUCCAAGUGGAAGAAACACUACCUAGAAGCCAAAGGAAUCAACCCCCGCUUCAGCAGCUCCAAGGGAGACCUGCUGUUGCACCAGGGCACCGGGCGUUUUGCCCACGGUGUCGGCCUCUCACACCCCCACGGCAUGCUGGAGCGCUGCAGGGGCCAUGAAGACUUCUGCGUGCUGAGCCCGGCGCCGGCCAGCGACAAGACCCGAGAUACGUCGUCCGGCGGCCCAUGGGGCCCAUCACUCGCCCGGUUCAGCCUGGAGACAUUGAGAUGGACGAUGUCGUCUUCCACGCUAUGCAGGAAAGCAUGCGCCAACUUCUCAGCACCAAGCGAGGAAUAG